AGAACAAUACUGUCAUUAACAAAGACCGAGACGCAGGAGGCGGUCAUGGACAUGUACUGCACCAGCUUCCCUACUAGCGUCACCAUUGCUGACUUGGGCUGCUCGUCGGGGCCCAACGCAUUGUUGGUAGCCUCCGAGAUCAUCGAGGCAUUGAAGUGGAAGUGCCACCAGCUGCGCCGCCGGCUGCCAGAGUUGAGUCUGUUGCUUAAUGACCUUCCAGGGAACGACUUCAACAGCAUCUUUAGAACUUUGCCUGAAUUCUACCAGCGGAAGGGUCUGAACCAAGGGAACGGGACAAGGCAUGGGCACUGCUUCGUCUCGGCGGUGCCUGGCUCAUUCUACGGGCGAUUGUUCCCUAGCAAGAGCUUGCAUUUCGUGCAUUCUUCUUCGAGCCUCCAUUGGCUCUCUCAGGUGCCUCCUGAGCUUCGGAGUGGAUCCAACAUGCCACUGAACAAAGGAAAUAUCUUUAUUUCCAAGACAAGUCCUCCUUGUGUUUCAGACGCAUAUGCAAAGCAAUUCCACAGGGAUUUCUCAUUGUUUCUGAAGUGCCGUGCCGAAGAAAUAAUCACAGGAGGACAAAUGGUGCUGACAUUUAUGAGCAGGAGAAGUUCAGACCCUGUAGUUGAGGAGCAUAGCUACCUUUGGGACCUGUUAGGACAAGUCCUCAUAGACAUGGCCUCAGAGGGCCUAAUUGAAGUGGAGAAGGUAGAUUCCUUCGAUGCUCCCUUUUAUGCACCUUCUUCGGAGGAGCUGAAGCGUGAGAUUGAAAGUGAAGGGUCAUUCGCUGUUAAAAGCUUAAAGCUCUUUGAAGCAAGCUGGGGGCACAACAACCGAAUUGGUUAUAGCAAAGCCACCGAAGAGAAGGAUCCUAUGCUUGGGGAGCUAAGCACUGCCCAACGCGUAGCUAAGGGAAUUCGAGCAGUGGUUGAGUCCAUGCUAGAGAGCCAUUUUGGAGAGGCUAUGAUUGAAGAUUUCUUUUCGAGGUAUUGUGAACUCUUGGAGGACCAUUGCACUAGAAAUGACACCAAAGUAUUUAAUGUAGUGAUUGUCAUAGUCAGGAAGUAG